GCCCCAGCUGCCGUCAUCAGAGAAGCUAUCGGAGACAGGCACGGUCUCUGUGAGCGCUUCAGUUGCCACCGGGGUGCUGGCCGUCAUCUCGCCGGUCUCACAUCGCCUUGCUAUAUACACCAACAACUCACGAGACACAAGUGACUCGGUGUGUGUGUUUUCGUGUGUGUGUGUGUGUGUGUGUGUGUCCUUUGUUAGGAUGCAGCUCCCGCUCCCUCACCAAAGUCAAAGGCCCCUGCGAACCGGUCAUACAGCCAGGCUUCCAUCCCGCCCUCCUGCAGAUCUUUCCAGGCUGCUAAAUUCCAGCUUUUUGAGAUGGGCUUGCCCUCUUGGCCCUCGGUCAGAAACGAGUUCCCCGGACACACCCUGAAGGGAUUCUUGCUGAUAUCUUUCAGCGUCGUGGGUGGCUCCGCACAGGCCUCGUCGAGCGGCUCGUUGGUUUGUGUCUGUGUCUCGCCUUCAGGGAUCCUCCAUGCGUACUCGUUGGCUAUACACACGCCCCACCUGACAAUGCUAUGACGGCCGGCAAAAAGAGAUUUGUAGGCCUCGAAGCCGCGCUGCUUUUUGCGGUCACCGGGCUUUUGGUACUCGCAUGUCUUGUCUUUGCAGAAGGUCGCCAUGAUCUCUUCGUUGCUAAGGUCGUCCAUCAUUGUGCUGGCCCAAAUGGGGACAUUCUGCGGUAAGGGGCUCUGUCUGCUCGUCCAAUGGUAGCCGACACCUGUGUGUGUGCAUGAGCAGAGGGAUUUGGUCGUUGGGCUGGGCUGCUACGCGUCUUUCCCUCCAUCUUCCUUGCUUACGUACAUGUGAAGUGAGGAUCACAUUUGCUUUCCCUUGUCGGAGGCAGGAACUGCAGCGUCCCCUUCCUCCCUCCUUGCUCUGUCCCGGCGUAGAAGGCACAAAGCUGGCCCUCGGUCUUUAUCUCGCCACAGCCGGGUACAUGUACACCUUUCUCCCCGGCUUUUCCCUUCUCGGUCUUUCCUUUCUGCGGCUUCAGCUUUGCGAGUGCAUUCAUGACUUUGCUUUUUCCGGCUUUGUCUGAGGGAGGUUUUGUUGGCGGCAAGGGUGGCGGCCUCUUCGUCGCAGUCGACCGCUGUUUUGUUGGCGGCGAGGGUGCCUGCCUUUUCUUCCCAGUCGACGGCUGCUGCACCUGCCCCUGAUGAGGCUGCUUUGCGCCUUGUGGGGCUGGAGCUUGGCCGCCUUGGGGGCUGGUGCCACUGACUCUGUUGUCUUCUUGGGCGCGAUGUGUUUUUCAGCAGCAGCAGCCCCUGCUGCUUCUGGGGCCUGAGAGAGAGGAAGGAGAGAACCGACCCUCAGGGGUGCGUCAAUCGAGCGUGGGUUUGUUCCCGCAGACCUUGCGUCUCCUCUCGUCUCUCCUGGGGCGGGGUGGUGCCGUUGGCACUUCUUCAGCGGGCUCUCCCGGACCUGCAUGGUGGUGAGAAACGUGUCAGAGCAGAGAAGUCGCAUGUUCGUAUGGACGGCCGUGGAUACCUUCGCCGGCGCCGUCGGGCUGUGUCGAAGUUUGUGGCGGCCGUGCUGAUGGGUUGAUGGCCUGGAUCAUCUUUCGACGUUGUUCCAAGUCUGGCGCUUGUGCUGGCGGGAGAAGGGCCUGCAUCACACCACACGACAUCAGGAGGGAAAACCCCCGGGUGGAGAAAACAGACAUGCAGCGACCGAUUGGAGAGUCGUUUUCGGACUCACUGACCUUGCCUUUCUUCGGCGGGCUGUGGUCAGGUGGUGGGGAGGAAGGCUGAUGGUGAUGCAAUGCGACCAGGGGCUUUCGCCAUGCCCAUCUGCAACCAAUCAAAAAACACCACAGGUUCGUCGUGCCGGCACUGCAAAUUGCGGUGAUGCAUCAGAAUCUAUGCACUUGGAGGCGGUCGCGCCCUUUGCCGUCCGCCACGCAAGGCAUGGGUGCAAUGAGAUGGUCAGCAGGAAGAGCCGCAGCAUUAGGAUGGCAGAGUGGUGGCAAGUAGUAGUUCUCCCUGCUUCUGGAGUUCUCCCUGCUUCUUCUGGAUUCUGCUUCUUCUGUGACUGCC